CGGUCGAGGUGGGCUGGGGACCCCCCGGCCCAAAGGAGGGGGCGAGGAGGUUUUGUUUCUCGGGGGCUGUGGGGCUCCGGGUGCGGUGCCAGUUUGGGCGAGGGGGACACGCUGCUUUUUUUGAAGUGCAAUGUUUCAAAAUGUUGCAGAAGCAAAAAAGUUUAUUGGCAAAUCCCUUCAGCCAGCACGACCUGUGCAUCACCUGUCUUCUAAACAAGCAUCAGCCAUUGCAUUAAACGUUCAGACUGAGUUACCUGGCAGCACUGAAGUAUGUUUGCAGAGUAAGGUUAACUGGUCAUCUGAAAUGACUGAAGUGAAGAUCUUAACUCAAACUGUGAUGCUCUGUCAACCAAAACAACAUGAAUCAGGAGCAAAAAAAGAAAGGAUCCAAUACAGCAGAGAUUUCCUUCUGAAGCUUUCAAGUGUUUCUCUCUCUCAGAAGAAGCCAGAGUUUCUUCCUGAUCAUCCAGUUGUACUUGAGAAGCCAGUAAAGAACAAACCUUUUAUUGACAUAUGCAAGAAGUGACAUGUUGUUUGGAAGAUCAGAAAUCCAUCAAUGAAGGAGCUACAUAUGAUGUAGGUCUUCACAAUUUUUGAAGGUAUUUGGGUGCCUGCAGAUGGAAAUAGGACCCUGUGAAAUUUUAGAAAAUGCCUGUUUCUUCCUGUCAUUGCCCAAAUGCUUUAAGAGACAAACCUUUAAUUUGUAAUACCUGAGAUGGUAAUAUGAUUACAGUGAAAAUAAAUAAUUUUGCAUAUUGCUGUGGCAG